GCUACGCCGAACCUGACCGAGCUGAGCCGAGCCCAACCGAGCUACUCCGAGCGGAUGGCUUCGGCCGGAUUCGGCGUGUAAACCGAAGGGCCACGAUCGGCGAGACUCGAAUUUUCCGUCGACCUCCCGAAAGUGGCCGAAAGUCGCGCGAAUCCUCCGCCAUCGUCCACCACUGUCGCGGCCGCUUACAUGAAACGUCACGAUUACUGUGACGGGACUGCAGUGGCUGGGAAGGACGUGCGUACAUAUGUUUAUGAACGUUCUAAUGUUGGUACUAUCUGUCGCUACGCGCGAGAGAAUACGAAGCGGUGAUCAUCGCCGGUCACUGUCGUUUAUUGAUUUCCUGGCUUCAUAGAGAUAUAUAUUUCUCGCAUAAUACCACGAGACACGAUGUGCCGGCGUAAUUGAGCAGGUACUUGUCGAUCGAGAACUCUCGUUUUGAUGAAUUCCGCAGAAAAUUCUUUGUGCGAGGAAAGGAAGAAAGGAAAGACAGGAUUGUUACGCGAAAGCUGCUUGGAGUAAAAGAAUGAAACGCCAUUAGAAAAAAAAGAGAACGAAAAAAUGAGAAAAUGAUUCGUCAGAAGAGCUCGAAUAUAAACUUACGAACGAAUAUGUUUCGAAUGAUUAUACGCUUUCACGAUUUUUGUGCGGAUGUGACGUACUUCGUGGAAUUGAAAUAAUUGAAUUACAUCGCGCGGAUCGACGAUGAACGCCUAUGUACUUUUUUAUAUUUAGAAAUGGCUGACGCAGAUCCACAAUUUAAACGCCUUUUACUGCCAGCGGAGGAAACUCUUUUUGAACAGUUGCUGAGAUUCGGCCUUUACGUAGGUGCAGUAUUUCAAAUCAUGUGCUUGUUAGCUAUAGUCCUGUAUCAGGCUGGUCCAUCCGAUGGUGUAGCAGCUUUAAAGGAUGACCCAAGUGAUGUUGAAUGUUCCGAAAACAGUCCUCAGGUGACGCCAAGAAGACCUCAUCGGCCGCGAAAGCAGGAGAAAAAAAAGAGGCGUUGAAAUGUUCACAUUUCCUGCAACAUCACUUUGAUACUACUCUCAUGCUCUUACAUCAAAUGUUUUCCAUUUGGUAACACAAGUUUUAUCUCUGUUACUUAUGGAAUGUAAAAAGAAUAUAGAACGACGUUUGUGUCGACUAUUGUCAUUAAAUUGAAAACCAUUAAUUAUCCUGGU